GCGGCGGCGGCGGGACCGAGGCUGCCUCUGAUACCCCGCCGCGAUGUUGGCGGAAAACCUGGUGGAGGAGUUUGAGAUGAAGGAGGACGAGCCGUGGUACGACCAGCAAGACCUGCAGCAAGAUCUGCAACUUGCUGCUGAGCUUGGGAAGACAUUGUUGGAUCGGAACACAGAGCUCGAAGAGUCUCUUCAGCACAUGUACACAACUAAUCAGGAGCAAUUACAGGAAAUUGAGUACCUGACCAAACAAGUGGAGCUCCUACGACAGAUGAAUGAACAACAUGCAAAGGUUUAUGAACAACUGGAUGUCACUGCACGGGAGCUAGAAGAGACAAAUCAGAAGCUCGUAUCGGACAGCAAGGCGUCCCAGCAAAAGAUUGUGAGUCUGACUGAAACAAUCGAAUGCCUGCAGAGCCAUGUUGACCAUCUCCAGAACCAGAUGGAGGAGCUGAAGACCUCGAGUGGUGGGAGGGGGAGCCAGGAGAGAUGUGAGCAGCGAAAGUCAGUGCACAGCUUCUCAUGUCUGAAGGAACUUUAUGACCUACGCAAGCACUUUGUGUACGAUCACAUAUUUGCUGAGAAGAUAACCUCUAUGCAUAACCAGCAAACCCUUGACGAAGAAGAAAAUGAGAACUUGAAAAAGACGGUCACAAUGUUGCAGGCCCAGCUGAGCUUAGAGCGGAAGAAGAGAAUGACUAUGGAGGAGGAGUAUGGGAUGGUACUGAAGGAGAACUGUGACCUGGAACAGCAGCUGGGAGCCUCAGAAGCCUACCGAGUGAGGGCCCUGGAGCUGGAGGCGGAGGUGGCAGAAAUGCGGCAGAUGCUACAGACAGAACAUCCGUUUGUGAAUGGUGUUGAAAACCUGGUGCCAGAUUCAUUGUUCCUUUCUGUCAAAGAAUCCAGCCAGACCCUGUUUGAGGAAAUAUUCCUAGCUGGGCCAGAGCAGAGCAAAAAGCCUCUCAAACGCAGCAGCAGUGAGAUAGCCCUGAGUAGUCUGGCUGGGAGUGACAUCGUUAAGGGCCACGAAGAGACUUGCAUUAGGAAAACUGAGGCCAUGAAGCAGAGAGGUAUUUCCCUGUUACAUGAAGUAGACACCCAGUACAGAGCUCUGAAGGUCAAAUACGAAGAGCUGCUGAAGAAGUGCCAGCAGGAGGAGGAUUCCCUGAAACAUAAGGCUGUGCAGACUUGUAGGGGUCCUGCCCCAGCCUCGAAUGUGAGGAGCACCGAUGCUCCCAGCAGCCAGGAACUGGCCAGCGUCAUUCCAGACUCGAGUAGUUCUGCCACCACCCCUCCUCCAGAAUACAAAGCCCUCUUCAAGGAGAUCUUUAGUUGCAUCAAGAGAACUAAGCAAGAGAUAGACGAUCAAAGAACAAAGUAUCAGUCUCGCUCACCACGUUCUUAGCUAACCUCUUUCUAGUACUCUAGCUCUUGCUGCUACACCUUUUUUCUCAUCUCUCCACUUCAAGCCACAGUUUAUAGUUGGUCCAGGUUAUGCAGUGGCCGCUGUAAAUGUUGCAAAUGAAGUCUCCCUCUUUGCUGACCCCGAAAAUACAUGGAGCAAGGAGAGGAAGCAGAGUAGCCAUUAGGGUCAGCAGCUAUGACAAAACCAGCCUGCUCUCUGCAGAAUAGGAGCUGGUGCAUGGGAUUGAAUGGAGUUUAUAUUCCAAAAAGCUGAACAGGGUAUGUGUAGAAGGGUUACGUGUACUUCUGGUGGGAGGGUGGGGUCUGGAAACACUGGUACUCUAAGUGGGCAAGUCAUUCUCAGCCACAUGGUCAAGGUAGCUUAGCGUGAUCAUUUAAAAACCAGGUAAAAGUCAAUGUUUGAGACAACUGUCCUGAAAUGCGUAUAGGGUACAAUCAUGAUUUUUAAAAUACCAUGAAUUAGAUAUGGAAAAUGUACCAGAGAAUAGGCCAUUUGGUAAUGUAAUUUGUAUAGGGCAGACUGUAUUUUCUAAUUUGAUUGCAUCUGGUAUUACUUAGAGUUGGCUUUAAACAUUAAAGGCAAGUUACUCAUCAUCACUCAAAAAAGAACCAAAGGAGGGCAAGUUAUUCACAAAGCACACUUUGUGUACUAUGAAUGUGGAGAAAUAGUUAUCCUCACAUUUGUUCUUGUAACCUACCUCUUUUCAAGAGCAGGUUUUUCAGAACUCAUUUGGAAAGGAAAAAUGGGAGGAGGGGGGAGGAGGAGCACGGGGAUUGUUCUUAAGGCUUGAGUUAGGACCAAGGUGUUCUUUGUAGAAGCUACUUGUUUAUUAUGUAUGUUCUGUCUUAAUAGAUGGGGGUUUGUUGGCUGGCUGGCCAAAUAAGCUCUUGCUCAAUUCCUAGAAUUUUUGUCAAUGUUUCUCUCUAAUUGUAGAAGUUGUAAAAAUUUAUUUCCUGUUUCCUUAUUAAACAGUAUUUGUUUCUACCAGCGUGGAAGUAUAUCUACACAUGACCUAUAUACGUUCUUAUAAAUUAAGACUAUUUAAAAGAACUGCAGUUCUGAACUACUGUAAAUAUUUUUCUGAAAAUAAAGCUAUC